AUGCAAAUAUUUCAUCAUUUCAGUACUAAGGAAAAUGUUUUACAUUUCAUCAUUUCAGUACUAAGUAUUAAGUACUAUGGUAAAUGUUUUAUAUUUCAUCAUUUCAGUAUUAGGGUAAAUGUUUUAUAUUUCAUCAUUUCAGUACUAAGUACUAAGGUAAAUGGUUUAUAUUUCAUCAUUUCAGUAUUAAGUGCUAAGGUAAAUGUUUUAUAUUUCAUCGUUUCAGUAUUAAGUGCUAAGGUAAAUGUUUUAUAUUUCAUCAUUUCAGUACAAAGUGCCAAGGUAAAUGUUUUAUAUUUCAUCGUUUCAGUAUUAAGUGCUAAGGUAAAUGUUUUAUAUUUCAUCAUUUCAGUGCCAAGUGCCAAGGUAAAUGUUUUAUAUAAUUCAUCAUUUCAGUACAAAGUGCUAGGUAAAUGUUUUAUAUUUCAUCAUUUCAGUGCUAAG